AUGGAAGGAUGGUCGAAUUUAAGAGACGAUUCAAGUUCACAUGAAGUCCAAAGCGUUGAAGAGGAUAUUGGGACUUCAUGUGAUCUUGAUUUUCCGAUAGAGGAAUGCAGUUUUCAUACUAGUAAGGAGAGGCUAAGGGUCUUGUUUGAUGAAGUACUUGUAGUUUUUAUAAGAGAAAAGUCUGCGAGCAAAUGCAUUAGGCCUAUUCCGGCAUUGUGUGGUGAUGGGCGAGUGGUGGACUUGUUUAAACUUUUCUGGGCAGUGAGGAAAAUAGGCGGAUAUGAUGCCGUCUCGAGGAAAAAUGUAUGGGGUUUUGUCGCGGAGGAAUGUGGGUUGGGUUUUGGGGCCAUUCCAUCCGUUAAGUUGAUUUACUUCAAGUAUUUGACUGGGUUGGAUCAGUGGUUAUGGCAAAUCUCUAAGGAUAGGACUGUGGAGGGUGGGGAGAGUGGAGUUUUCCAGAAAUUGGAUUUAUUGUCUAGGGAGUUGGAGACAAGGUUUAGAGGUUCGUUGUCGGAUGGGAGAGAGAAGCCAGAGAAAGACACCAAUAUUUCUCGAUUGGAGCAUAUUAAAAGUGUGAAACAAUAUCCAGCGGUGAUUGGAAGAUUUAGUGAAAAUGUGGAUAAUCCAGAAUUCUUGGAAGAUAGUGACGAAAGUUUCUGCUGUUACAAUGACUUUCCUCAAGCCCAACGGGUCACCGGAAAGUUUACUUGUAAAAUACAUGAUGGCCCAGAUAGAAGUACUGAUGAUGAUGAUGAUGGGAGAUUUUGGGUUGACAAUGAUUUUGGGAAAUCAGCCAAGAGAAUAACCGAGAAUGCAGUUGAUGAAGCACAUGGUUUUUCUAACAGACAAAUUGAUGACAAGGGAAAAUCUUGUGUCGUGGUCAAUGAUAAUGUAGUGGUAUUAGGGAAGAAAAUCAUUAACAAAGUACAUCAUCCUGCAGACAAAAUUGCAGAUAAUGAAUAUGAAAGAUUUCCUGCUAAAGAGAACGAUGAUGGGAUAUUGGCUGAGGAACUAAGUAGUAAAGCGCAAAAUCUUCUGGAGAACUUUAUUGACGAGGAAAGAAAAUUCAUCGCCCAAAUUGGCAAUGAUGUUGUGAUGUCAGCCAGGAGUGUUGUUGGAACUGAGCCUGAUUCUUGGAAGAAGAAACAUGAAUCUCAAUAUUUGACAAGAAUGUUGAAUUGGAUGACUUAUGUUGCCAAGCAUUCUGAUGAUCCUGCAAUUGGGAAAAUACCUGAGUGUUCCAAGUGGAAGGACCAUGGCCAUGAGGAGUUCUGGAUCCAAGCUUUAUUUGUUCGGGAGACUCUGUUGAUACGAAGGCAUUCUAAAAGAAAUGCAGAUGAAUCUUUCCAGCAGGACCAGCAGAAGAAGAUCAGGGUGCAUCCUGCGGUUUACGAGGAUAAUGUUCCCAAUCACCAAUUGGCAGAAAAAUUAAUACACAGCACACGGCUUCCUUCUUUGACAGUAUCUCACCCAUGUUCACGUUGCAACUCGUCUGAAGCUGGUACAAGUAAUAUUAAUAUUCAUCAGAAGGCAAAUGUGGAGAGUAGCCUAAAAGAGCCAGUUGCUGCGACUACAAAUUCACAGGAUCAGUCCGAGAAACAUGUUUUUGUGGGUCCUCUCUUCCAAGCAAAGAUCCCUGAAUGGACUGGUGCGCUUACUGAGAGUGAUUCCAAAUGGCUGGGCACACACAUUUGGCCACCAGAAGAUGGCAAAGGAAAGUCCAUAGUUGAGUUGGAUCCCAUUGGGAAGGGAAGACAGCGUUUGUGUAAUUGUCAAUUCCCAAAUUCUGUUGAAUGUAUGAGGUUUCACAUUGCCGAGAAGAGAUUGAAACUCAAGUGUGAACUUGGUUUGCCAUUCUACCAUUGGCAAUUUAAUCGCAUGGGAGAAGAGGUUUCACUGUCAUGGACAAAAGAAGAGGAACAGAGAUUUAAGGAUACAAUGAGAUUACACGCUGCAUUCCCCAAAAAGUUUUGGAACAAUGCCCGUCGGUUUUUACCUUCCAAGACAAGGGAACAAUUGGUUAGCUACUAUUUCAAUGUUUUCCUUGUCCAACGCAGAAGUUAUCAAAACCGGGUUUGUCCAAAUGAUAUUGAUAGUGAUGAUGACGAAAAGGAGUGUGGAUCGAUAGGUGAAGCAUUCAUUUCUUGUGAAAAUCUUGAUCAGAUAACAAUAGACAUUUGGAAGUUGCAAUUUGGUGGUGGAAGAGGCUGUCUUGCAGCAUGGGCUAAAAUUUUACCGUCGAUAUUGAAGUAG